CAGUCCAAAAACUGCGAACGUGCUGCCUCCUCUGAGGGGCUCGCUCUUGGCGAGGUGCUCGCCCCGUAUCUGCCAUGCAAAACGAGGGAGCUUUAUGAAGGAAUCCGUCUUGUACAGCCAUUGGUCCUGGUCAUCAGCCUCUACCCAAUGCUUUCGUGAUGCUGCCGCUGAUCUAUUUGGGAAGUUGGCUGGCUGGCGAGGCAGAGCCUCUCCUCAAAGCCUGGCUCCCACGGAAAAUAUGCUCAGUGCAGCCGCGUGCAUGAAUGAAAACGCCGCCGGGCGCUUCUAGUCGGGCAAAAUGCAGCCGAGAACUCAGCUCGUUCUGUGCGUUCUGCUGUCCCAGGUGCUGCUGCUAACAUCUGCAGAAGAUUUGGACUGCACUCCUGGAUUCCAGCAGAAAGUGUUCCAUAUCAAUCAACCAGCUGAAUUCAUCGAGGACCAGUUGGUUCUAAACUUGACCUUCAGUGACUGUAAGGGUAACAACAAGCUGCGCUAUGAGGUCUCAAGCCCACACUUCAAGGUGAACAGAGAUGGCAGCUUAGUCGCUCUGAGAAACAUAAGUGCAGUGGGCAGGACUCUAUUUGUCCAUGCCAGGACUCCCCACGCGGAAGACAUGGCGGAACUCGUGAUUAUCGGGGUAAAGACAUCCAAGGCUCCUCGCAGGUAAUUAAGCUGUUUGGGAUGAGUUGGUUCCAACUCAUCUGUCUGUCUUGAAUGGAAAAUGGGCCUUUACCGUGUUGACCACAUACUUUUAUUAUUGUUGUAAAUCCAACUUUAAAAAAAAAGGUGAGUGAGGGGCAGAAGGAACUUGCUGUUCAUAAAUUAUUCUGCUGUCAGGCAUAGCUCUUUAUUGGGGACCAGAUGAUGUCAGCAGCUCUGAUUUUUGUCAGUCUUGUGGUUUAGUCUUCCUUCUGCUGGCUCCACUCUGAGAAUCCCAACCUCCCUGCCUCCCAAUGUGGAAGUCUUUGCAGCUUCACUUCAUUCCCCAGGGGCUGAAGUUCCCUGAGAGAAUCUUUUUCUGAUGAUGCCAACAACCUUGAGAAUGAAUCUCAUUAGAUCACGUGCCCAUCCCAAACUAAAUUCUGUGUCUAUUUGUGACACUCUGAUUGGCCACAUCUGGGUGACAUGUCUGUUCCUGAAGCCAAAGUAGAAUCAGAUCCACCCACCUAAACACAUAGACUGGGAGAUAAAGAAGGACAGCUAUGCAAAUUUAAUUAAGAUGCUAUUAUCAGAGGAAAUGGAAUUGAUGUUUGGCAGAAAAAACUACAUUGGCCUACUAGAGUUGUAUUGCAAGGCAGCAAUUGUAUAUGGCACCACUCCUUUGCCAUGCAACAGCAUCCAUGCCCUCCCAGUUGCACAUGGGUAUUUAUCCCUACACUUCUACACUUUAUGAGUGUCAUCAACUGCUUUUCAGGUUCCCUGACUGUGUCACUCAGAGACAUUUUUCUACAGUGGAUAUACCUAUUUCUCCUUCAUCAAGAGCGCAGAGACUGGCUUCUUGGUUAAAGGAAGUUUCAAAAGAUAUUCAGGAAAACUCUUGCGAAAUAAAUGACAGUAACAAUGGUGUAUCCCCAGCAUGGUGUGCCCAGCCUUUUCUCCAACCUGAUGCUCCGGUCUUCCACAAAAUUUUGAAGCCCGUGAUUCUCAUUGCCUUUCUCCAACUUCUACCCUCCCCCCAAACCUGACUUCUUUGUAAUUUGGCUCAGUAGAGGAGGAAGAAUGGUGCCCCAGCUGGGAGCAGAAAUAGUACAACUGGCAACGUGAGCACUGCCUUCUUGCCAAUACUGUCUCCGUGAUCUUAAGAGAGACAUAUAACUUCUUUAUCUGAAGACUGGAGGGGUUUCACAGGCUGGGAUGGCACAGAAGUGGCCCAUGCAAUGCCCCACUCUGUCACCAUGUUCCUGGCAGAUAUGGCUAAUCACCUCUGGCUUGACCUGAGUAUUUUUCCCAGUGUGGUACUUUGGGAACCCACUGUCAUUCAAUCACAGAGAGGUGUUUCCAGGAAUGGAAUGUAUUUGCCAUACCUGGACUACAUGAACUCCAUAAUUCCCCUUCCUAUCUGUGAAUCUGCAAGUUAAGGACAGAUCACAAUUCCAGAACAAAGCACAGUAUGUCACUAAUGUUUUCAAAGGAAAUUGGGUAUUGGUGAAUAUACAUGCCAGCAUGGAAACCCAUUGACUCCACAAAGGCAAGCUUUUUUCUUACUUAGCCACUGCCAUUUUCACAGCAUCUCACUAACUCAUGAUAUAAAUGUCUUGGUAAAUAACUAGAGCAACCGAGUUGCCAAGGUAUGCUGCAAAAUGCUUCUUAGGAACACAGAAAUGGUAUGAAGACUCAGGUAACGGGGUGGUCUAUAGCACUGAAAGUGUUUAUGAAUCCUGGUGGACAUUGUUUGUCAUGACUGGGGACUCAUCAUUCUAUGCAGGAAAGACAAUGUCAAAGUAUUUUGCUUGAAAGAGAGCAGGAGGAAGCCUGGGAAUUGCUCAGGACAAAUUGUACCUUGUGGCCAUGAAACCCCAGUCUUUCCCCUAGUCCUUGAGGUCCUGAGAGAUGCUAUUCUGAGUCACAAUUCCAUUGAGUCCCAACCAUUUCUCCUUUGCUGUGGUCUGAGCACAAUGUAGACGAAACUUGACUGUGAGUGUUUGCUUCCUAUGUAGCACACACCAGACCCCAAUAGAACAGGACAUUCAUCUCCUGCCUAGGGUAAUUUUAUGAGGUUUGAAAACAGUCCUUAUGAAGAUGC